AUGGCCUUCACAAAGUUGUGGGUGCUCAUAGGAUUAUUUAUCCAGGCACUGGAAUAUGCACCCACCCGAGGGCAGGAUGACACAACUGAUGGGGAGGCCGAAGAGGGUGAAGAGGAAUGCAGACUGCUGGGAAAAUUUAAUUUACGGGGCUAUGUUGAAGCCGAGGAUGCCAUGCAUGUUAUAGGAGGGAUGUUCCCAAUUCACUUCAGGACCAUACUGGAAGAAGAUCCAACAAGCACACCACCAAUGUCACCGCUGUGUGAAGGGUUUAAUUUCCGAGGUUACCGCUGGGUCAAGGCCAUGAUCCAUGCCAUUAAUGAUAUUAACAAACGAGAUGACAUUCUACCAAACAUAACACUUGGCUACCAGAUCUAUGACACAUGCUAUACAAUGUCCAAGACUGUUGAGAAUUCUUUGGCUUUCCUUACUGGACAGAAUGAAACAACUCCUGUCUUCCGAUGCAGUUCCGGAGCUCCUUUAGCAGCAGUCGUUGGAGCUGGUGGAUCAACCCUUUCUAUUGCUUCUUCUAGAAUCCUUGGGCUUUACUAUUUCCCUCAGGUUGGCUAUGCAUCCUCAUCAUCACUUCUCUCUGAUAAGUAUCAAUUCCCCACCUAUCUUCGUACCAUCCCAAGUGAUAAAGUACAAUCUCAUGGAAUGGCGGACUUAGUUCAUCAUUUUGGUUGGAGAUGGAUUGGAACAAUAGCAGCAGAUGAUGAUUACGGCAAAUACGGUGUCAAAGCUUUUAAAGAAAAGGUGGAGAAUCCCCAUACCUGCAUUGCUUUCUCAGAAACGAUCCCAAAAAUAUAUUCCAGGAAUAAGAUCCUACAAGUUGUUGAUAUUGUAAAAAACACCAAUGCUACGGUCAUUGUGGUAUAUUCAUCUGACAUAGACUUCCAUCCACUAAUGGAAGAACUAAUAAUCAGCAACAUCAGUGCUAAAACCUGGAUAGCAAGUGAGGCAUGGGUCACAUCAGAUUUAAUUGCUAGACCAGAAUAUUUCCCACUCCUUGGUGGAACUAUUGGUUUUGCAAUAAAAAGGGGAGAAAUACCAGGCCUUAAAGAGUUUCUCCUUGACUUACACCCAAGUAAAAAUCCAGAUGAUGACCUGGCAAUUGAAUUUUGGCAGACUGCAUUCAACUGUACUUGGCCUAACAGCAGUGUCCCAUACAAUACGGACAACAGAAAAAAUGUCACUGGCCAUGAAAACAUCACUGAUUUUUUUUCAGAUGAGUUAUGCACUGGAGAGGAGAAACUUGAAGACCUUAACAAUACAUACUUGGAUGUUUCACAACUCAGAAUUACGUAUAAUGUUUAUAAGGCUGUAUAUGCUGUUGCUUAUGGACUUGACCAGUUACGCCUCUGUGAGGGAAGUGGUCAAGAUGGACCAUUUUUGCCAGAACGUAAUUGUGCAAAAAUAGAUGAGUUUGAACCUUGGCAGUUAAUGUAUUACAUGAAGAAUAAGAUGCAAUUUACAGUUCUCGAUGAGUUUGUGAACAUAGAUGACAAGGGAGAUGUGUUCACCCCCUAUGACAUUUUAAACUGGCAGAAAAAUGAGACUGGUGAUAUUACCUUUGUGAAAGUUGGAGUAUUUAACAUGACUGGGGAGAACAACGGAGAGUUUUUUAUAACUAACGAAUCAAUAUUUUGGAACAAUCCAUCAGGAACACGUCCACGUUCAACAUGUAAUAAAAAUUGUCAGCCUGGUUAUCGAAAGGGGAUCCUUCAAGGGAAGCCCUCCUGCUGCUAUGAUUGCAUAAGGUGUGCCGAAGGCCAGAUCAGUGAUUCUGUAGAUGCAAGGGAAUGUACAGGCUGUAAAGAAGAUUAUUGGUCCAAUGAACAAAGAAGUAAAUGUGUACUUAAAGAGGUGGAAUUCUUGGCUUAUGGAGAAGCUUUAGGAAUGACAUUGAUUGCUCUGUCCAUAGUGGGUGUUUUAUUCAUCUUGGCUGUGACUGGUGUCUAUAUCAAGCAUAGGGCCACACCUCUUGUGAGAGCAAAUGACCGUGAGCUGAGCUUCCUCAUUCAGUAUUCUCUUUGUGUCACCUUAAUGACUUCCAUCCUCUUUAUUGGUAAGCCAGAAGACUGGUCAUGCCAGUCCCGUCAGGUGACCCUCGCCUUGGGUUUCUCUCUUUGCCUGUCUUGUGUCUUAGGGAAGACUGUAAUGCUUUUCCUGACUCACUUGGCCAAAAAUUCAAAGGUCGCAGAGAAAGCCCGAAUGUCUUUCAAGCCAAUUUUCCAGAAAAUAAUUGUCCUCCUCUCUGUACUGACUGAAGUGGGUAUCUGCACUGCGUACCUCAUCUUGGAGCCUCCCCGUAUGUAUAAAAACACCCAGUUCACAACUCUGAAAAUCAUCUUUGAAUGUGAUGAAGGUUCUAUCUUAUAUCUGUGUGUUAUGUUUGGCUUUGAUGUGUUCCUCGCCAUCUUAUGUUUCCUCACUGCCAUUGUCUCUCGAAAGCUUCCCAAUAACUUUAAUGAGGCCAAGUUUGUCACCUUUGGGAUGUUGGUUUUCUUCAUUGUCUGGAUAUCAUUCGUUCCUGCUUAUUUAAGCACAAGAGGGAAAUUCAAGGUGGCUGUGGAGAUAUUUGCAAUUCUGGCCUCCAGUUUCGGCUUGACAGGGUGUAUAUUUGUACCAAAAUGUUACAUUAUUUUGUUGAAACCAGCAAGAAAUACAGAAGAAAUUGUUGGUGGCAGAGCGACUUCCAAUGACAAGAGUGCACCACCAACUUCAGCAUCUUGCACCAGUGAAGUUAACAACACUACUGUUUCCACUGUUCUUGAAGAUUAGACUUUUUUAGCUACUGUCUGUCACAGUUCCACUAGUUUCUUUCACUACUUCCUCCUCCAUUUUGAGAGAAAGCAGAUGCCUGGUUCUUAUCAAAGUUGCACCUUCUGCUUCUGGCAGAAUAGCACCAAUAAAGCAUACCCAAACUGCUUGCUGGCAAACUAACGUAAGACACUUUUUGAGGAGCUUUGCAUUCUCAUGAUUAUAUAUGUUGGCCUCAAUCCAAUCCUAGACAAGCAGAAAGGAGGUUCCACUUGCACAAGAGAGGAGUGGGGGGGGGGGUGGUCGAUGACUUCCAGUUCCUCUCAUCUGCAGCUACCUCUGCCACAUCAAUGCUACCCUGGGGCAUUCCAUGACCCUCAGGAGUGGCUUUUCAGAGUGGACUUGAAAGAGGCAGCAGGAAGAAGACAGGAAAACCCUGUUCCAUGAACAAUCCUUUCUCAAUUCAUCCGGCCCUGUUAUUCCAUGUAUGACAGUUUGAAAUAAGGGUGGAUAACAUCUGUGGGGCCUGGGAUCAUCCAUUUCCUUGAGCCCUAGAGGCUACACUACAUCUACUGAACUUUCAGUACAAAUGCCUACUGAAAUUCGGUAGGGCAGUGGCAGAAAAAAGCUGGGGAGGUUGUACUUCCAUUUUAAAAGAGUGCAUGCGAGGAACAUGCACCUUGUUUGUUCAUGCUUCUGGAAUGGUCCCAGGAGGGCAAAUGUUUUUGAAAAUAAGCUGCAUGUUCCCUGCAUACCUUUCUUUUAAGCAACUGUGUGUGGGAAAAAAUGUUUGGUUGGAGCUCCACCAAAUUAGGCAGUGUUCAUGAGAUGAGAAAGAACUAUAUACAGCCCUUGGACCUUGUGUUGCCCACUCCACUUUAAAACAAUGCAAAAAAUAAUGUAACAAUGUAAAAAGAACAGGCUGGAAUCCUGUUCCAUAGUGAUGAAUACAUAACCUAUAGUCGAAUAACCUAUAGUUAUGCAUUCAUGACUGUUUUGUAUUCAUGAUCCCUACAUAGACCCUAGUUUAGGGACUGUGAAAGUCACCCAGUCCUUACCUACUGGGCAGUAGCAGCUGUGACUGAGCAGGAUCUAUUCCACUGUCAAUCGGGAAGCGGCUGGCUAAUGGUCCCACUCCCUCCUAUGAGCAGUCUCUGUUGUGAAAUGGAAUUGUGACAAGCACCCUGCUUCUGCAUAUUACACUAGAAACUGCUCACGGGAGAGGGUGGGGAUGUCAGUUAGCUGCUUCCUGACUGACAAGGAUUGACAAGACCUUUGUUGAUCUCAGUGGGUGUUUUUGGUAAUUGGGGAUUGUAGGAUCAGGACAGGAUUCACUGCAUAGCUUCGUAACCACAGUGCUUAGACAUUCAUAGAACUCCAACAGGA